GCUUAUGAAUAUGACAUUUUACAGAAUUCUGUCAAUGAGUUGGGGCUUCAUCAAGGUCAGGUACUAAGUACAGUACUAGACAUUGCCUUAAUACCUAGCAUCUCGUACUAUGUAUAAACACAUGCCUCGGUAUGAGGUGAGAUUGGUCAAGUUCCUGCGGGAUUUGCCCAGGCAUUAGGUACGAAGUACGAGAACAUUAUUUAGCGGGGUAGCUUCCAGGUCAGGCUAAAUCCUCUCUCACUCGAUCGGAUCAGGACAAUGGAAAGAGAAAAUCCCAGGCAAAUCCGCCAUCUAUUCUCAAUGAUAAAACAACGUCUGCUCCAUAUGAAUCCCCCUUCUCCAAUAUCUCCCCAGCAUAUUAGUCUUCUGCUAUCUUUUGUUAUCAUACACCUCAAAGUGCUCACACCACCGAUGAGACCAGAAACCUCAAAAGGAGAGGAUAUCCAUUAACCCUAUUCUGGUACAUCGAAGUAGCCAUUCAAGGGCUAUAAAAAGUAAUGUGUAUCGUCGACAUGAAACAUGACAUCGUCAAAGCAAACGCCAUUGCUUGUAAAGGUCCCACGCUGCCUCAUAAGAAUCACCCAAACUGGAAUCGAGUAUUCAUGUUGAUAUCCUUCAUUGAGUGGGAGGAACAUAGUUGAUCGGUCUCCUGUAGAAGAGGUGAGCAUCCACCCGGGACCCUCGGAAACUCAUCGCGACUUACUUGAAUAGCAGAAUGUGCGGCUCUGGUUCAUGGACUUCGUAGUGCUCCCAUCCAAGACUCUGCGGACAAAGGUCAGCGUGAUUUCGACACAUCGAUCUCAUCCGUCAUCGCCUACCUGUGUGAUGCCCAGGGCUCGCCAUUCCUCCUCCCACAACAGCUUCAAGGUACCCUUAGAGGGGUCGUGGUAUUCCUUGGGGAUCGCCUUGAGCAUAUUCUUUGGCAAUUGAACAUGUCGGUACUCGUAGUCAUCGUCCGAGUAUCUGAAGUUGUGUUAGUGGUGGCUGGUGCCGGCGUUCACCAAGUCGCAAAGGUCGCGCAGACUAAGGUCGCGCAGACUCACCGAGCGGAGUAGUGGAUGGAGUCGAUGAACUCUUCGAGGCGCGCCUUUUCGUUUUCCGAUAGUGGGCGUGGAACCUUAUUUCUUCUGUUAUAUUCCAUGUCCGCCAUCUUCUCCCUUCCGGAUCUGUGUUCUAGCAAACGUGCUGGUGCUGCAAAGGUCGGGGCGGCUGUCAGACCUAAUGGCGGGGCAGACGCGACGUAGUUGAGCCGAAGUCGCAACCUCUCGACGAGGAUCCAGUGUAGAUGGAGGACUGAGAGGGUGGGAAAUUCACCACCGUGCGUAGAAUGGGAGUUGGUUUUGGGGCGGCGCAGAAAAUAUGGCAGUACUUGGCCGGGGAAACAGUGGUACAAAGUUGGGGAAAGGGGGGAAGGUAUUCAAAGGUUCGUCUGUGUUUUGGUCGCUGGAACAGUGGCCGAGGCAAGCAGCAAAGUGGAUUGGGGGAAUUCAAGUAACGAUGCUGUUGCACAUGGAGCCACGGGGUGUCAAGUACUGUAAGCGGUACCGCAAGGAAACUAGUCGGGCCGUGUUUAGCAGAGAAGCGAAUGAUGUGAUGGGGUGAACUCUUUUGUCGAAAUGAAGAAGUUCAAGUCCCCAGACCUUCCAAUGUUUAUUAUUCCCGUUGAUGCCUGGUUGCGGCCUUGCAUUCGAGGCGGCAAACCUUGGCUGGGCUAGGGUGAUCCAUCACCCCCAGAGAUCAGGCCAGUGCAGCCAACCAGGUGCCAACCAGCUAGUCGUAGUGCAGCGUGGUAGAGAGAGAGAGAGCACUGAGCAGCCGACACAAUACCUGCAAUAUCCCAUACGGAGAAAGUGCCAUUUUACUCGCAUCCAGCGUGCAUUCACUGCUGAGCAGUAAUCAGUAAUUGCGUCAUUUCUUCCCAAUUUGCCUGUGGCAGAGACGUUCGUUUGCGAGCAUCCAGACACAACCACAUUCAUCGAUUUUCGCGGUGCUCCCGUCCCGUCCCCCCUUCAUCGCAGAAAACAUCCCGGCCAAAGCUGGAGACUCUACAACGCGCAUCAACUCUCACCUGCACGCGUUGCGGGGAGCCAUUGUACCAUCACCACCAUUUGCAGGAGCCGACCCAUCACCCUGAGAAAUCCGAAUUUCGGCUGCGAUCCAAAAAUCGUCGCAUUCGAGGCGCACGAUGAGUUCCAAGCGCAAGUCCAACAGCGGCUCCGUGCCUGCUGGCCUGGAUCUGGACGACCCGGCAGCAAAGAGAAGAAAGCUCCCGAGUGUAAGUAAUUUUCUCCUUCGAGUGCGAUGCGAUGCGCCGAGCGCAUGCGGCAGAAAUUCGUGGUAGAGUCGUUUGUGCUUUGGUGGGUUAUUGGCGGUGCUGGGCUGGUCGCAGGGCUGGCUAUUCAAUCGGCGCACCGCAACACCUAUCUACCUUGUUGGAUUUGGCACUUUGCGACCUGCCUCGAUGCGAGCAAUGCGAACAACAGCACAGGACAGGACCACGAUGCUGACAGUCUCUGCCCUUUAGGACAAUAUCAAUACUUCGCAGGCGGAAACACCAGAGACCACGACGCAACAUGGCUUGAAAUUGGUCGAGACCAUCAAGAAGACCGAGGAUAAGAGGUAGGUCAUCACUCUCACAAGCUCCUUUUGCGCUAGCCGACUACUCCUUCAGCCUCGUGUGCGGACAAGUACUUGGUAUCGCUGCACGUCGUUGCCCUUCCCUACAUCACCUCUCGAUAUGCAUCCUUUGCAUGAGCGUUUGCCAUGUAUACCACGCCUAGGAAUAAUGACUGACCGAGUUGUCACAGUGGACGAGUUAUCUCGACGACUUUCCUCACACUUCCAAAUCACCGCCAGUUUCCCGACUACUACAAGGUCAUUAAGAUGCCAAUUGCGCUAGACACCAUUCAGGAGAAAUUGCUGCGACGAGAGUUCGGGAACCUGACACAGCUCGAGAGCUAUUUCAAACGCAUGAUAGCAAAUGCAAAGGAAUAUAAUCAAAGGGGCUCAGAGGUGUAUGAAGAUGCCGAAAGACUAAGAAAAGCUUUGAGCAAUUUUAUGACCAAGACGAACCCGGCAUAUAAACUCAUCCCCGGCUAUGCGGCAGUUCCUACACCUUUACCAGGUGACGGACAAGCAAGUGAUCUUGAGGAUGCUGAGGGAGAGCCAGAUUCGGAUGCCGAAGCAGAAGCGACUGUUCAGGUAAAGAAAUCACGGAGUAGGCCCAAGGCUCAACCCAAAUCCAAGUCACAUACUCCUCGACGAACCGAUACCCCCGCGGCAGCCGAUAGUCGUGCAGCAAAAUCAGGCUUUUCAAAACUCACAUUCCAACAAGCACAAGAGAAGAUAUUGGAGGAUCUUAUUGCAGAAAAGGAGCGACCCGAGUAAGUUGCCUUAAUAUACGAGGCCGUAAAAUGCCAGCUAACAAGAGAUAGUGACGAUUUUACUACUUUCGAAGUGUUUGUUGACUUGCCUGACCGUAGUUUACGGGAUUACUACAAAAUCAUUCAAACCCCGGCAAGUUUGCGCUCAGUGCAAAAGAAAGUAAAGGGCUCAGCAGGAGUAAGUGAAUUCAAAACUUGGGCGGCCUUUGAAAAGGAAAUGAAGUUGAUCUGGAACAACGCUUGGAAGUAUAACGAAGACGGUAGUGAGAUUUCCGACUUAGCCAGAGAACUCCAGACGCACUUCAACGAAUUAUUCAAAGAAGCCAAGCAAUCGGUACAAGAACCUCCUCCUGCGCCUAAGAUCAAGCUGAAGGUGCCCGAGCCGGCUCCAAAGAUAACCUUGAAAUUCGGUAGCAGAGGUAGCCCGGCUGCUGAGACCACUCCCGCUCCACAAACAAAUGGGGCAAAUGGCACUCCAGCCAAUGGAACACGCCGAAAUCCCUUUGGUGCAUCUGGAGCUGCCGCCCCGGCCCCAAGCCUUGAUCAACUUGAACGUGCAAGAAGCACUUCAGGAUCUGCGCAAUCCCCAACACCUUCAAACUCUGGCGUCGUCAAGAAUGAAGAAGUAGCUCGCAACUCACCGGCAGUUUCCGCAGCAGUUGCCAAUCCCCGUGCAAGUAGCCAAACGGCGGUCUCAACUCCAGGUCUUCCGGUCAUGCCUCCCCCAUCUACCCCAGGUGUACCCGCUAAUAACAUGUACUCGGCGGGCGGGUACGCCACGUCCUUCCAACACCAACCCCAAUACCAGGCACCGAAGCCGGUAACCGAGUCGAGAUUCCGACUACCUGGAAAGGGCAAGUUCCACAAGACCCUUUUCGCUACUUGGUUCUCUUACUAACACAUUUGUAGGUGCUGCAGAUGCUAUGAUCACCAAUCUAACCAUCGCAACUCACCCCGGACUUAACAUUACUCGUCAUUUCCGCAUGGAUCUGCCACCUUCAGAAACCAUGGCUCAGCAAUCAAUCACAAUCAACCUUCCUCACACUCACUACUAUCUCCAGAUCAGACCCAUGAUAUCCCCCAGUCUCCUUCAACGAUACCAUAAGCUUUUUGCUACAUCUGGCGCUCAGAGAUUGCACACCAUUUCUGCGAUUCCAGGACAACAGCCAGAUCCUCAGCAUCCUCUUUUCGAAGCUCGUCUGGUUCCGGGAGUCAACCGAAUUGAAAUUGAAUUGAUCGCCGCCUUGCCCAAGGGAACCAAGAGACCUAAUGGACAAGAAGCGGAGCUUGAGAAAAUUAGCAUAUUUGCAAAUCUGUUGAAGGACCCUCAGCAAAGAUGAAUAAUAGACUUGUAUUAGUAGAUAACCUUUCUCUAAUGAUGAUUACAGGUGACAUAACUUUUUCUUGGGGGUCUCGUUUCCAAGCAAGACAAGGCAGUGUGUGUUUUGUUUGUGGAUAAUCCCCUUUUUUCUUCAAUUCGCUUUCUAUGCUGGUGCGGGCGAAUCUGGCCCAGUUCAUUUGGGAUGGAGGGAUUCAGUCUGACAAGUCUGGGGGGGGGUUUUUUUCUUACGUCUGUUGAGCAGAUUUUUCGGGCGUUUGUAUAUUAAGCUUUCAUGGACUGAAAUUGUGAGGACUCGGUUUCUUUUCUUAGGAUGGGUUGAGUUGGAUGGAUGAGGAGGAAGUGAGUUGAUUGAUGGAGAAAUGGAUGGAAAGAGGGAAUGGAAAGAGGGAUCACAGACCCCCUUUUCUUUUUGGUUGGUAUGGUAAUGUUAGGGAGAUAGUGGGGCAUAAAGAUUUUGUGAAGUUGUGGAUUCUUGCUGUGUGCUUGUGCUUGUGCUUGUGAGGGGGUUUGAGUGUGGUGGUUUGUGGGAUGGAGUGGUGUGUUGAUGUGAUGGAGUGUAGAUGUGAUGUGAUGUGAUGUGAAAUGAUUUGAUGUGAAUUUCGUUGAGAAUUUUUUUUGAGAGAUUUGGGAGAUUUGAG